AGCCACGACAGCGGCUCAAACUUCAGUCGGCUUGUGGUCUGUGGAGUCAUAUCCGUGUGCGUGCGGUGUUUCCGCGCAUUUGCUAAGUCAGGCCAUGUCCGAGAGCGCCCGCCUGGCGGAAACUUCACAUAUUGGCAACUAUGGCGCGGCGUCUGCAGAAGGAGAGGUCACAUCCCAACAGGAUGCAUCGCAAACUGCACCAGCUGCACCUCAUGAAACGCAAAGACAAGGCAUGUUCCCUGUGGAGCCCUUUUGGUGGCUUGGUGAGCUUCUUCCAGGCCAAUAUCCGUAUUUGCCCAGCUACGUCAGAAAAGUCCACAGUUUUCCACAUUUGGUCCUCCUCACGGGCAUGCUUGCCAAUUGUGGGCUUUUUGUUCAGCUGGUGUUUUCCUGGAAGUAUUGGGAAGAAGAAGAACAUGGCCCUUGGGAUUAUGUAGUUGUUAUUGCAUCCUGCCUGUUUGCGGUGAUCAGCUUGCAGCUACUCCAUGCUGAGUUGGUUCAAUACAGCAUUGAUUUGCACGAGUCCUCGGUUGAGGCACAAAAAAGCAAAGAUCAAAUGAUGAGCACGUUCAAUGGCAUGGUCUGCGACCUUGACACGAUGCUGGCCAAAUCAGCUGACACUCAGGCAGCUUUGGCAGAACGAAGUUUGGACUCUCACAGGCGCGACCUCCACAACUUCCUGCUGAAGGGGAUUAGCACAAAAGUGCGUCGCAUGCAGGAAUUCCCCACAAUGGACUUUAUAGCUUUCCUCGCCUUAUACUUGAAAAUCUUUGAAGAGUGUUCUGCAUAUCCUUUGGACGAGCCUUUCAUCAUUGCUACCAAAGAUGAAGUUCUGGAAGGAUGUGCUUCCAUCGGUGAAGUUGUGGAGCUCGUUGGCAAGAGGGCGAAGGGAAUGGAAGUGAAGUUUCUUCGAAAACAAGUUGAUGGGGCCAAGAAGCGAUCUUCCACAUUGCGCCAAAAGUGGAGAAAAGUUGUUCAUGUGCCAAGAAAGGUGCUCCUACUCACUGGCCUCUCACAAUUUGUGAAGACAAAGCAAGGAGAAGUGGAGGGGAAGAACGACACAAGCCCGGAUGAAGAAAUGAGUUUGCCAAAAGGCUGUUCCGGUGACGCGAAGCAGGAGAUCAAGUGGCUGCGAUUUGACCUGAAUGGUGGCUUCGUCAUCCACGUGGAGGAAGACGACCCCUUUCCAAUCCAGAUCAAAGGUGGCUUCUUCACGUGCACAGUGCUUUCUCCGGAGCAUGCAAGGCUCCUUUUCAGCUUCUUCAUUGGCGUUCCACUUCUGCUGAUGAACAUCAUGUUGGUUCGGCCACCAUAUACCGUCGUCAUAGGCAACAUGUUGGUUACCUUGAUUUGCAUUACAUUCGUUUUGCACGAUUUCCUGGACAUCGAUGCAAUCCAGAGACUGGAAGUACAGAUCAAAGAAAUGCAAGCAGCAGUUCAAGCUGUGGAAGAGCGACGCCAAUAUAUGUUGGACUUCUUCAGCAGAGUGCAUCGACUUUCAGACUUUUGGCUUUUUCGCACGCUACCACGACUUGAACUAAUGAAGCUCUGUGGGGACGCGUUGGAAGAUGCAGAAGAUGCCAAGAUGGCUCCAUUGUUGGUGGACAUUGUUUCGAAGGUCAGCAACCUGGAGGAGGCCCUGCUACCCACUGAACUGUGGCAAUCUGAAGGGUUGACAGAUGCAGAAAAAAAGAAGACCUCGGUGCCAUGCUCGGAACACUGCAGUCGUAGCAGCAGCACUGCCAUGUGCUGCCUUUUUGUUGAAUUUGAUCAUGGCACUGAGCAUGAAUGUAGAGCUCUUGGAGUGCAACUCGUCCUUCUGCCGCAUGAAGAUUUGAUCAGUUCGAGUGGAUAAAGACUGGCGAAGAGCGACUGUUUUCAGGAUUGCUUGUCCAAGAUCGCCUCCCAACAUGAUGCAAAUCAUGCCCUCCAAGAGAUGCCAAGUAUCACUGAGGAGCUAAUCGAGCUGAGAAACUCCAAGAACUUUGAGCCGGAAAGCCAAACUCAACAGCCUGCACAAUCAGCAGACUACACUGUGAGACGCUUGAGUUGAGUCGUGAAGACUGGUGCUCGCAGCCACAUGAGAAAGGG